AGGAGUCUUUCUUCAGGGCGGGGUGCAGAUCCGACACCAUACCAACACUCUCAGCCAACUGUCUCAGCCUAAAUAUGACUGUGUCGUACUCACUAGAAGUAGCCAACGCCAGGUUUCAUGGCUUCUCCAGGCUGCUGUUCAGGUGGAAGGGAAGCAUCUACAAGCUGAUGUAUAAGGAGUUCCUGGUUUUCUGUGCUGUCUAUCUGUUUUUCAGUGUGUUUUACAGGCUCCUCCUCACGCCGAGGCAGCAGGAUCUGUUCGAGCGCGUCGCCCUUUACUGUGACCAGUUCACCAACACGAGCUUCAUCCCCGUUCUGUUUGUCCUGGGUUUCUACGUGAACCAGGCCUUCACCCGUUGGUGGGGUCAGUACACCAGCUUCCCGCUGCCGGACAACCUGAUGAUGGUGGUGUCGGGAAACGUGCACGGCGUCGACGACCGGGGUCGCCUGCUGCGCCGGACCCUCAUGAGGUACGCCAACCUGUCGUCGGUCCUGAUCCUCCGCUCCAUCAGCACCAGAGUCCGCAAACGCUUCCCAACGUUGGAGCACGUCGUGGAGGCAGGAUUCAUGACGACACACGAGCUGAAGAAUUUUGAGUCUCUUCACUCUGAUUUCAACAAGUACUGGAUGCCGCUGACGUGGUUCUCCAACCUGGCGGCCCAGGCCCGGCAGGAGGGCCGGGUCAGGGACGACAUCGCUCUCAGGCUGCUGAUGGACGAGCUGAAUAAUUACCGAGCCAAAUGCAGUUUGCUGUUCCACUACGACUGGAUCAGCAUCCCUCUGGUCUACACUCAGGUGGUAACCAUUGCAAUUUACUCCUUUUUCGCCUUCUGCGUCAUUGGCCGACAAUUUCUGAAUCCCGAGAAGGGUUACAGCGGUCACAGAUUUGACAUGUACGUUCCUGUUUUCACCCUGCUGCAGUUCUUCUUCUACACCGGCUGGCUAAAGGUAGGAGAGCUCAUCAUCAACCCUUUUGGUGAAGACGAUGAUGACUUUGAAACCAACCAGCUGAUCGACCGAAACAUUCAGGUUUCAAUGCUGGCUGUGGACGACAUGUACCAGAACCUGGCUCCGGUUGUGAAGGACAAACACUGGAAGAACGGCCUCUUCUCGGUCCCUUACACCCAGUCGACGGCAGCAGAGGCGUUCAGACCAGCGUUCAAAGGCUCCACUUUCGACAUGAGGAUGAGCGCUGAAGAUCUUGAGAUUCAUCAGCCGACCGAUGUGCCGGUGAACAAGCAGUAUUUACUUCCACGCAGCUCCCUGGGGGACGGACUGGACGGUCUCCAGCAGAAAACCAAAGGCAUCCUGCGCAGCGGCAGCCUCCCGCACCUGAUGGACGUUUUGACUCAUCACAGUGAGGAAGACGAGGCCGUUGAAACCAAAACAGAUGCAACCAAUAACAAGGCAGCGGUUUAAUCUGUGAUGAGAAAUUAAUGAAGUGAAAUACUGGUGACUGUUCAGCUGCCUUUACAUGUAAGACUAAAGAAAUCUGUCAAAUAAAACAUACAACACACAAAAUAUGAAUGCUGAGAAAUAGAAAUGAGAGGUUUGAUAAGGUAUUAUGUUGAUUUGUGAGGUCUUUAUAUGAUCUGUUUUAUGUUAAGCACAUAAACGCCCAGCCAGCUUAGUUUAAUACUUUAUUAAACUGGAACAUCAGACAUUGAGAGGUUUAUUAUGUGUAAAUAACAAAUGCCUUGUUCUAGCUUGCUCAUAUUUACACACCUUCAUCCUAGACUACAGCUUCUUCAGUGUAAGUAUGUAUUAUUAUAUUAGUUAACAAUUCACUGAGUCAUUCCUGGUGUGGGUGGAUGCAUGUGUUCAGGCAUAAAAUAUAGAUCAGUAACAUCCUGGUGCUUAUCACGCCACUAUUUAUGAAAAAGAAGUAAACUUUAUAUCUCUCAGAUAUAUUCAAGGAGGUUUUAUCAAGGUUUUGUAUUUAUUAAAAUAAAUAUUGAUAAGUAAGGCUGCCUUCGAGCACUUUAAUCAGAUGAGUUUUCUUAGAUGGAAAACUUUAAACUAAUUUGAAUAAUGAAACGAAAGCAUUGUUUGAUAAUUAGCAUCAAUUGGAAUAGAACUGAAAUGUUUGUAAAAACAUUUGUUUUGAAUUGCUGCUGAAUAAACUGAACUGAAUUAAAUUAAAAUUUAGUUGAAAGAAAAAUAUGAACAUCUUGUGUUUGAAAACAUGAAGUACAGAGAAAUAUAUGCAAUCAUACCACAAACAUACAAGUUGAUUAUAUAACAUUAAACCAGAGGCACAGUGAAGUGGGCGGAGCUUCGCUUGGGUUGCUAGGAG